AUGUUAACGUUGAUCUUAACUCCAGUUGCCAAAGAUUUAGUGAAGGCAGACGCUCAUGCAUUAAAGCUGUUGAAAAUGGAAACUGAAUACGACGAAAAUCGAAUGAAAGUUGACAGUUUAGAAACAAAACUGAAUGAAACGGAGCGUAGGUACAUCUCAAAACGUUUAACUUAUGAAGAGCAAGUGAUGGCAUCGUUAUUGAAAUGGCGUCGACAUCACAUACGGGCAAAAAUUGACGAUAUUUUAUCAACCUUAAAACAGAUUCAUCGUUUUGAUCUCGUUAGCUUGGUAGAAAACCGUGUAGUUUUACCUAGUAGAAGUGCUCGUUUUGACGGCAGAGAUGAUAGAGAAGAGCAAGAUCCACGACAAAGGGAAAUAAACGAGUUAAAUCGAAAAUUGAAUCGAUUAUUCGAGAAAAUCAAUAGUGGGGCCAUAAGAACUCGUGAUACAUACGUUUACACGUCCUUGGGAAUGUUUGAUAAAUAUCGACCGCAAUCAAAAGGACCAUCAUCACCGCUCGACCAUAUGCGGUCGAGAAAAAGUAUUGCAGUAGCAAAAGCGCUGUUGGAACGACGAAAAACAAUCGUUCAUUAA